CGACAGCGUCAACUAAUCGUUGCAGCCCUAUUUGCAGCCCUGAGUUUUAACACCAAAACUGCUUGCCUAGAAUGAGUCUAUAUGUAUUUAAAACUUUAUUUUCAGACGUUAUGGAAGUUUUGGUGUUUAAGCUCAUUGAUGCAAACACAAAUGGUCAAAAAAAGAGCUAAUUAAGGCACUAAUUUAGACGGGAAGAAAAACAACUGCAUACAUAAAUUUGAACUAGUUCUCUUUUCCUGACCAUACAAUGCAUAUGCAUUCCUGAGCUUAAACACCAAAACUGACUAGUGUGCUUUCUAAAUAUCUAUGUAUGCAUGCAAUGAGGCUAUAUUAAAACUUUACUUUCAGAUGUUGUGACUCCUUUGUAGGCAGUAAUGGCAAGCUGUGUGCAGCGAAUACAUGAAUUUAAAAUGUAUCUUUUCUCUCCCCCCUCUGUCCCAAAUGUUUAGAUACGAAGAGUACCUUCGCUCAAAAGCAGCUCCUUUGACAGACUCAAGUCAGCCCCAGAUCUCCCAGUUCAUCACAAGCAACAAGCAACACUACAGUACUAGCCAUCCCCAGCAGAACGCCAUCACACGUUCAAUACUUUUAGACCUGGUUAUUGAUUGCAACUUGCCAUUGUCUGUCAUAGAACACCCAAGUUUCCGGCGCUUCAUGUCUGUUGUUGACAUAAGGUACAACCCUGUAAGCCGAAGAACUCUUACUUCAAAACUGGAUGGUGUAAUGCUGGAAAAGCAGACAAAACUGAAGAACAGUCUUGCAAAUGCUGAAAAUCUAUCAGUCACAGUUGACAUAUGGUCAGAUCGGAAAAUGCGGGGCUUCCUAGGAGUUACUGCUCACUGGUUGGAUAAUGGAGAAGGUGGUGGAAUAGUCCUGAAAUCUGCUUUGCUGGCUUGUAAGAGGUUCAGCGGUUCCCAUACAGGGGAAAGAAUAUGUGAGGAAUUUGAGCAAAUAUGUGAAGAGUACCAAAUCAAAAGGAAGCUAUUGCACAUCAUAUGCGAUAAUGCUGCAAAUAUGAGAAAAGCAUUCAGCACUUGUUUUCCACAACAUGGAGAUGAAGAGGAUGACGAUGAUGAAGGAGUUGAGGACGACAACUUGUGGACUGACUUGCCAGUCGAAGACCAAGAGAGAGUGGAUCUUUUUCUCCAAGCUAAAUCUCAGACAAGACAGCAGUGUUUUGCCCACACGCUGCAGUUAGUUGUGGGGGAUGGCUUAAAAGACACAAAAAUAGCUAAUGCAGCUCUUGCAAAGGCCUGCAAACUGAGCAAUUUACUCCACAGCAGCACUUCGUUCAAGGACAUUUUUGAGAGAGAGUUUGGGCAAUCUGGCAUCCCUUCCUCAGUUGUCACACGUUGGAACUCAACGCUUAGGCAGUUGAAAGCGGUACUGAAAUGUGACUCCACAAAGCUCACAGCCAUUCUUCAAGAGUCUGGCCACAAAGAGACAGCAUUCACAUCAAGAGAAUGGAGUCAAAUUCAAGAGUUGGUGCGUGUGCUUGAACCUUUUGCCCAGGCCACCGACCUCACUCAAGGUGAAAAAGUGGUGACCAUAAGUGCAGUGGUUCCCUGUGUCCUCUCCCUCAACCACCAUCUGGAACACUUAAAAGGCACUAUGUGCUACUUGGGGGCCUUCAUCAAAACCUUACAGACAUCUCUUCAAAGGAGGUUCAAGGGGAUUUUCGUAAAUGUGAAGAUGGCAGAAAACUCAUCAUCUGAUUGCCAGCCAUUGCCCUUCUCUGACCCACUGUAUCUGAAGGCAGCCAUGCUGGAUCCUUCUUUUGGCAGCAUGUGGGUCACACAUGAUGUUUUGGUCCCUGACAACACUAAGGAGGAGGUAUCAAAGAUGAUCAAAGACUUGAUUCUGGAAGAAGCGGUGAAAGUCACUCCAACAAACACACGCAUAGAAGAGGAAGAAGAGGUCCAGGCGACAGAGCCUCAGUCAAGCCUCUUUGCAUCCUACCACAACAAGAGACAAAAGAAGGACUCCGCUUCAACACCUCAUAUGCAGCUCACACACUUCUUGGACAUUUGUAGUGGACAGGACUGCCUCCACUUCUGGACACUGAACAGACACACCCUUCCUUCUCUCUUCAAGGUUGUGGUAAGACUGUUGCAUAUCCCUGCAUCCAGUGCCCCGGUUGAACGUGUGUUUAGCCAUGGUAGUGUGAUCAUGAGACCCCAUCGGUCACAACUCAGUGCAAAGGUUUUAACUAGUUUAAUUUUUUGCAAGUGUAAUGGCCACUGGUAAUUGCUCACAAGUCAAGAUAUUCUGAUGCUUUGUUACUGUAGGCUCACAUUGUUUCACACUUUUGUUAAAUUAAGCACAUUUUAACUGUUCCUAUGUUUCUUUUCAUAUACCGUAUGUGAUCGUUGCCACAGAUACCCGACCCCAAAAUGAGCAAUUCAGUAUUUGAACAUGUGUGCACAUUUAGCUACAGUGCUUCACUCAUUCGCACGCACGCACGCACACACAUACACACACACACACACACACACAAUGAAAAACAACUGUUGUUUUCUGACUCAGGAUAACAUAAGUGAUAAUGGUAUUUCAUAUUAUACAGAAUGAAUGGAGGCAAGUGUAUGUAUCCAGAUUUCUGAAACAUGAUACAAAUAGUUUAUAAAAGUCAUUGGUAGUUAACUGGUUAAAACAUGCAGACACAACUACUGUUCAUUGUCCUUUCUUCCUGUUGUGUGCUCUCUCUCUCUGUCUCAUUCAAAAUUAAAAUAAAAAUUUGCUGUUUUGAAUUCAUUCAUGUUGAGCUGAUUCAUUUACUUGUCAGCUUACAUAAAAAAGAUUUUGACUCUGAAAAACAGGUUUGGUGAAAUACAGACAAAUCUAAUGACUUGACUCGUGACUCGACUUGACUUGCUUGACUAAAGCUCUGCUUGGACUUGACUUACUUGAUCCUCCCAUAGAGACGACUUGGACUUACUUGAGACUUGAGGGCUAAGACUUGUGACUUACUUGAGACUUGCAUGUAUGGGACUUACUCCCA